UCCGAAAUCGGGCCGUAAUGUCGAAUUUGGUAUCUAAAACAUCACAAAACCCUCGUCUUCAACUUGCAGCCUUACCUUCAUAGUAUUCACCUUGGAGCUACAGGCAACUGUUAAUAUCAGCCAGAAAAGCGAUACUCUAAGAAAAAUGGUGAGCAAAAGGCAGAAAUUAGCUCGAAAGCGAUACAAGGAAGAACACCCGGAACUAUUCCCCAAGCCAGAACCAACUCCACCCAAAGACCCGAACAAGAAAAAGAAGAAAAAUAGCAAUUUUAAGAAGAGAAAAGGAGAAUCCAAAGAUGUUAGAGAUCCUAAUAAGAAGCGUUUAUUACAUACAAAGCACCCUUUUAGAGUCGCUGGAAUGAAGCCUGGCGAAAGCUGUUUUAUUUGUAAAGAACACGACCAUAUUGCCAAGGAUUGUCCUAGGAAAGCUGAAUGGGAAAAGAAUAAGAUAUGUUUGCUUUGUCGUCGGCGCGGUCACAGCCUGAAGAAUUGCCCCAACAAAGAUGAUGAAAAGGUGGAUAAAAAGUUAUGUUACAAUUGUGGGGAAACAAGUCAUUCGUUGUCUAACUGCCCCUAUCCGCUUCAAGAUGGAGGAACAAAGUUUGCCAAUUGCUUUAUUUGUAAAGAACAAGGUCACUUGAGUAAGAAUUGCCCUAAAAGUACUCAUGGUAUAUACCCAAAGGGUGGUUGUUGCAAAAUUUGUGGCGGUGUUACACAUUUGGCAAAAGAUUGUCCUAAUAAAACCGGCAAAGCUUCUGAAGGGGCCUUUGGUAGAGUUAAAGCUUUUCAAUUUGAGGAUCGGCCAAGAGGACAAGUUACCAAACUCAGCGGCGGGGAUGAUCUCGAAGAUGACUUCAUGGCAGAGGAAGUUCAUGAAAAUGGUGAUGUUAAAUUAAAGAAGAAAAAAGAACCUAAAGUUGUGAAUUUUGUAGGAUGAGUGAAUCUCUGGUAGAAGUGGUGAUUCUGUAACUGAAGUGCAAUCUAUUGAAUAUGUCUUGUCCGAUAACUGCAAUCCGUUUUAAAUUUACAUUUGGCAGUAUUCUUUUCUCCUCUAGUUAAUGAGGAUCUUGGACAUAAAAUACGCCAGAAAAUGAAACACUUAAUGACAAAUUGUUUGAGAGUUGCUGCUGGGAGCAGCUAAUGCCUAACGGAGUCCUUUGAGUUUUGACGAAAAGGCAUAGGACCAUUUCAGUGAUCAAUCUACUCGCCAUCAGUUCGUAGGUGAAUUGCAUUCUUCCCAGUUCUACUUCUAUCCACCUGUUUCUUUCUCACAAAUAGAUGUUAUGCUCAUCUGCACUGCAUAGUAUAUGUUAUGAGAAUCAUUUUUGAUGUCAAGAAUUUCUGGUUGAUAGCAGCAUAACAGAGUAGAUUCGUGCUUAUCAUUUUAACUUUGUGGAUUUCCAUCGGAAGGUACAUUUCUUUAGGUCAAUAAGGCCUUGUUGAAGUGGCAACAUUGAGAUGUCCUUGUAUUUUAUUACUUAUUCCCUUAUGUAGGUAAUUUAUAAUUCUCUUAUAGUAAUGUCAGACUCUGAUAUUAUUUCA